UUCAGUUUCCUGCUACCGCUUUUCGCUUUUUGGCGGGAUUACAAAAACCGGCGAGUGGCGCACUUUUCUUAACAGUUCGCGAUCUACCGUCGUGCCUACGACCAAAAAUAAACUUUAUACAUAAAUAACCACCUUAUUAUAUAUAGUCUAAUUAUUAAUAUUACUGAGCGGUUUAUUGGUAUAUUAAUAAUAAUAAUAAUACCAUAAAUAGUAAUAGUUUCUUCUUUUUGAGUGCCGUUGCGUUUUUUUCUUUGGGGACUUUUUGGUGUCCGUGGCCUCGGUUUUUUCUUUUUUGGACUUUACAGGGAAUGAUGGAAAAAAUAUCCAACAAGUUGGAAAAGUUUUGGGAAUUUGGCAUAGGACGAUUGUUUUUGGCCGCCAUCUGCGCACACUCGGUGUCAAUAUCGAUAGGAAUCACGCAAGGCUACAGCGCCAUCUGGCUACCACAACUCCGAACAACAGGAAACUUCGAUAUUACCGAUGAGCAAAGCAGCUGGCUCGCUAGUUUGGGAGCAAUCACUAAUCCAAUAGGCAGCGUCCUCUCGGGAGUGUUAGCGGAACUUUUAGGCAGAAAACGCUCAAUUCAACUCAGCACCAUCCCUUUCGUAGCUGGAUGGAUUUUAAUCGGUUUAGGGCAGAAUGUUUACUGGUUGUAUGCUGGUAGGCUUGUGACUGGCAUCGCUGGAGGUAUGUCAACCGCUAGCUACACCUACGUAGGCGAAAUCUCCACACCAUCAACGAGAGGUUUCCUGCAAGCUUUGGGGCCGAUCUGCGCGAGUUUCGGCAUCCUCCUUACCUAUAUCCUCGGCUACAUCGUCUGCUGGAAAACCGUUGCACUGAUCAGCAUAUCAUUUGCCAUUUUUUCAGCUGUAUCCAUGCAACUUUUGCCGGAAAGUCCUGCCCAUCUCAUGAAGUCUCACCAGCAAGGAAUGAGCGUCGAUAAUUCGGAAACCUUUAAGGCAUAUUUGUUUUUUAGUAGGAAUGUUGCCUUGGCCGAGCAAGAGAUUAGGAAUAACUGUUCUAAUAAUAAAAAUUCUUUGGAGAAAACGCCAGAAAAGUCCCUUAAGGAGCUCUACAUGAGUCCAGAGACCAUCAAGCCGUUCUUCUUGCUAGUGAUUCUAUUUCUCUUACAAGAACUCAGCGGGAUCUACAGCAUUCUAUACUACGCCGUCCAAUUCUUCGGUGAAACCAACCUGCAAAUCAACGACUACAUCUCAAGCAUCUUCGUGGGAACAAUCAGAUUUUUGAUGUCCAUCGUAUGCGCCCUACUGAUCCAGAAAAUCGGCAGGAAAACCUUAUGUACCUUUUCCAGUUUCGGGAUGGCUCUUUCGGUACUCAUAUUAGGGCUGUACAUUAAAUAUUACGAAAUCAACCCUAGUGAGCAAAAAAUCCUUCCGCUACUACCACUGUUUUGUAUCGUUAUUAAUGUUUUUUUUUCAAUGAUAGGGAUGUUGCCCAUACCGUGGAUCCUUGUGGGGGAAAUGUUCCCUUUAAGGGUGCGCCCCAUUAUGGCCGGCAUAGUAAUAUGUAUUGCCCAAUGUUUUAUAUUUGUUUGCGUUAAGAUUUAUAAUAAUAUGGUGGACUUUUUGGGUUUUAGCGGUACAAUAUUCACGUUUUUUAUCGCUUCUGCUUUGGCGAUGCUGUUUUGUAAGUACGUCCUUCCAGAGACCCAUGGAAAAUCUCUGGAAGAGAUCGAAGCUUUAUUUAAGGGUAGUGAAAAAAAAGAGAGACAUGGGGUGGAUAAUUUAGGGUUUAGUAUUAGUUCGGAGAAUGUUAUUAGUGUGGUAACGCGGUGAGUUGUUCCUGUUAUUUUAACGUUUUCCUUGGUUUUACAGGGUUUGUAUUUGAUGAACACAUUGGCUGAUCUGCAUCAUCAUUGGUUGUGAUUUUAUUUUUUAAAAUGAGUAUUACUUAGUGUUUAACAAGCGUAAUGUUACAGGAAUGUGAAAUUGCAGGACGUUUUAAAUUAGGUUUAAUUCGAUAAUUGCGAAUGUUUUGUGGGUUUUUAUUAUUUGCGAGAGUCUAAGUAUUUAUAAAAUACAUGUUUGUCUUGUAUUUAUAUUUUUUGAAAUGCGCUGGUUAUAGCUGAAUUAGGGGUGAGUGGAAUAUUAUGGAAAAGUGUAGAUUUUUUUAUAGUAGAAUUAAGUGGUAGACAGGUAUGGAUAUUCUAGGAAUAUUUUUUAUCAUAGAAAUUCGAAAAAUAAUAAAUAUAUUCUUUGUUUGUAUUUUAGGAUAAAUAAUUGAAAAUAUUCAAUUGAAUUAUCAUUAGUGCCAGGAAUAUUCCAGAUAUAACCAGGAAAUAAAUUAUAAUCCUGAAGAAUAUUAAGAUAUUUAAAAAAUAUGGUUUUUUAAGAAUACUAUUGCUCUAUUAUAAAAAAAAAUAAAUAUUAAAUAUUCUUGGAUUUUCGGAAUAUUUCUGGUAUAUUACUUGUAAUGAAUGCAAUAAAUUAAUCCUGGAAUAUUUUAGACACAUCCAAAGAGCAAAUUAAAAAUCCAAAGAAUAUUAAAAUUCUUUGUAUUUUUCAAGUUUUCCUAAGAUAAGAAUAUUUUUAGAAAUAUGGUUCAUCUCGAAAAAAUAAUAAAAUAUUAAAUAUUCUUAGAUUUUGUGAAUAUACGUAUUAAAUUAUUUAAAAAAUAAAUUUAAAAAAAAAUUUGUAAAUUUAUCAAUUUUGCAGUAUUGUUAGAUUUUGCUAAUAUUUUUCAUAAAUAAGAUUAUUCUCCAGAUUUCUAGAGUAUUCCAGGCAUAUCCAGAAAUCAAAGAAUAUACAAAAAUUUUAUUAAUUUUUAAAUUUUUUAUCAACAGUAAUAUUAGAAUUAUUGCUCUUAUUAAAAAUAUUAAAUAUCUUUAGAUAUGGCGACUAUUCCUAAUAACAUAUUUUAAAUAGUAUAAGAAAUGAUCCCUGGAAUAUCCCUGAUAUAUUUAGAAAACAAAUUAAAAAUCUAAAGAAUAUUAUACAGAAUUUAUUAAUUUUCAACUUUUUCCUAAGAAUAUUCCUGGAAUUAUUGAAAAAUAUGAAAUAUUCUUAAAGUAUAUGAAUAUUUCUGGUAGUAUACUUGUAAUUAUUUUAACAGAAUAUUCGUAGGAUAUUUCAGAUAUACCUAGGAAGCACGUGCAACAUCCAAAAUGUAUUUAAUUUUUUUAAAUAAUUUUUCCAUUAGAAUAUUCUUAGAAAUCUUGCUUUUACUAAAAAUUUUUUGAAUUUUCCUAGUAAAUUAUUUGCAACGAAUGCAAUAAAGUAUUCCUGGAAUAUUCCAGACAUCUUCAGUAAGCAAUUUGAAAAUUAUAGAAUAUGAAAUUUUUUUAAUUAUUUUUUUUCCUAGGAAUAUUUUUCAUAAAAUUCCUGACUUAAGUAUAAUAUACAGGGUGUUCCGUUGAUCAUGUUACAUCAUGAACUUCUAGGGCAGAUAGAAAACGUCAAAAGAAAAACAAAAGUUCAUAUAAACAUGGGUCCGGAAAAGCUUCCUCAGGGAGCUAGAGCUCUUUGAAAAUAACCUUUAAAAACUAGUUUUUUUUUUAAUAGCUCCGGAACUACUUUAGCUACCGCAACCAAUUUUGGGAGGUAAAUUAUUGUUAGUACGUUUAUUCUUUUGAAUCUACUAAAUAAAAAAAAUAUUUACCAGGGGCUUCAGAAUCAGGUGGGUAUUUGGUAAAUUUAGGCCCAUUUCUUUAAGACUUUAAUUUCUGCCCGUUUGGGCAUUAGAUUAUGAUGUUUCUGUGCUUUUUACAUAAAAAAGGUGCUCUUAAUAAAAGUCAUAUUUGGAAACAAACAUAAUUAUACUUAAAAAUGUUUAUACAGUUUUUAAAAUGUUAUAAGAAUAUUUAUGGAAAAUGACUAAAAUUUAUGGCAACUUUUUUUUUAAAUUAAACAACAAAAACAUCAAUAUCGCAUAAAUCAUUAAAAUUUGCACGAAAUAUUCCAAACAGAAUUCCCACGGUUAUCCUAAUAAAAUUCAUUGCAUUCAUUAACAUAAAAUAUUCUCACAUAUUGAUAAAAAGAGUACAACUAUUCCAGGAAUAUUGCUUCGAUUAUAUAUAGUUAUAUUUUUGGGCGUCCUAUGGUAUAAUUAAAUAUUAAUGAAUAUUUAUGCGACAUUUUCAUUCUAAAAAAUAAUUAUUUACUUGCAGGGUGGUCUUCGAAUAAUUUAACAUUAAAUAUUCUAUUGUUAAUAGGGAAAAUUGAAAUAUAAAACAAGACUUCCUCAUAACCAUAGGUUAAAUUAGACGGUAUAUUGUCAAAUUUUUCUACGGAAGACCACUCUGUAUAUUCACCUAAGAAAUUAUAUAUAUAUAUUUUCAAUUUUUUAUUAUUGUUUAGCCUGUCUUUAGAAUAAGGAAAAGAAAUCUCAUUGAUUCAAAAACGUGAUAUUUUUUAAUAAAUAUUUAACACAUUUAA